UCGCGGUGGAGCUCCUUGCCCUGGAGCAGCGAUCGCGUUUUGGCGCAUUGCUGGAGCUGAGAUCCAAGUUCCUGGACAAUGCGGAGAUUAUGCAUGCACGAACAUGAGGGUUUAUGGAUGGUUUUAGCGAGCGGGCAUGGCGGCAGUAGCUGGCAUUGUGAGCACAGGCACUUGGCGCUCAGAGCUCAUUGGCCACUACUCUCUUCCACGUUUGAGACUGAGCUUCUCCACGAGCCUUCUCCGAGGUGGAUUUCGAAGACCGCUGGUUAUACGAUGUAGUGGUGCUGACGCUUCUGAGACACCCAAGCCCAAGCCGAGACGUCGGAAGAAGGCUGAUGAUCCUUCGGCUCAACCCAAGCAAGAAGAAGAAGCUGUGACUCCGAAAGUUACGAAGCGACAAUCUCGAGCAUCGGCAGCAGCUUCUCCCAGGGACUCGGAUGAACAGCCCCUUGAAAAACCGAAGAAGAAAAGGGCAGCACCUAAGCGGAAAGUUGUAGAAGCUACAGCGGUGGAAGUUGAAGUUGUUGAUGACAGAGAUGGGACAAAAGCCGAGGCGGUUGUUGCGCGGACCAAAAGAAAGAGCAAGAAAGAAAAUGAUAGAUGGAAAAUCAUGGAGGGGGAGAAGCUUAAGGUGAUUGAAGGUAAGAACAUGGCCGACGUGGAAGUUGUGUACGAGAGUGAAGAGGAGGAAGACGAUGAUCAAGCUGAAGACGAGUUGGAAGACGAAGAAAAACAGGAAGGAGACCUUGAUGUCGUCGACAUGAACUUCCCGGACAAAGAAUGCUACGCGCUUAUUUCGUCAUACAAGCCCAGGAAGGUCGCCAAGGACGAGCGUCCUCCGCUGACAAACGACGAGCUAUGGUGGAACUGGAAGAACCGACGGCCUGAUGAGCACGUCUGGAGUGAGUUCCAGAAACGUCCUGGGCUUCCUGAUAUCACAAUGGCAGCUAUGGCGGCACUGACAGGACAGAUUAAGUUGUUCGGAGACACGCCAACUGUGACAGAGACGCACAUUUAUCGUGCUCGAAAAUUCGUGUUCAAAGAGGAAAGGUUGGCGGCGGAAGCGAAACGGAGGGACGAAAUAGGGGCAAUGGCAUAUUAUCAUGAAUGGGUGAAAGCGUGGGACAAGGAUACGUCGAAAGAAGCUGUUCAGAAGCACUACGAGGAAACGGGAGAAGACGUGGCUUUGCAGUUGAUGAAUAUGUUGGCUUGCCAGACUCAGAGAGAAUAUCGACAAAUGAUGGGUACUGAUGUUCGAAUCCGAAGAGAUCCACUUGUGAUGCGUGCGACGCGAGAGAUGAAAAGAUCCGUUUUUGGUGGCGAUCCUGUCUAUCCAACUAUAAAUUACAGAAAAAAACCAGAUGAAAUUCCAGAUUACCGAGGGCCAAAUUUCCAUCAGCCAAGGCCAAAUCUCAUAGAACACUUGAUACGGGGUGGUCGGAUGAAAACACGAGCUGAACACAACCGCAUAAUGGCUUUGCAGCAGCAACGACUUGAAGCUGCAGCCGCAAGGGCCGAGGAGGAUGAAGCAGUUGUGGAAGAAAUGGCCGCAGCUAUUGACAUUGGCGACAAAGAUAUAGAGGAGGAGGAUGAUGAAGAAGAAGACGAUGUUGAUGUCGACGCCCAGUUGAAAGAAGAGAUCAUUUCCGUGCCAACAGAGAAGCUGAUAGAGCUCGCACAGGAAGAGGACGAGGACGAGGAAGGAAACAUAUAGAGAAGUCGCGGUUUGAUUGAUUCGUUGUGUACUACUGACACAUUGCAGCCGCUCUGUGGCUCUCGGACGGACAGACAAAAAGAGUUUCCCGGAGAGAAAGAAACCUCUA